CGCAUAUGUCGCUGCUGUUUCAUCAUGAAGUCUAAAGAGAAUAGGGCAUGGGCUUUUGUUACCAGGAAGUGGGUCGCGUUAUUUAUAUUUCAACACUUGCGAGACCGGCGUUCGGGCGCGCGCUGGUAAUACGAAACUUAUAAUAUCAUUCUGCUCUUUAUACGAUUCCCCGGGAUUGAGGAGCUUGGCAUUAAGGGAUGUUUUUGCCACGAAUGCUGUAUGGAUAUCCACGAUAAAUCAACGGAAAGACAUUGACAAAACUCGCGCCAGGACACGGCUGCACGCCAGGUGGCGUUGUAAUGAAGAUCCAUGAGAAGAUUCUAACCCAUUACCUGUCCUGCACUUCACCUGUCGAUAAAGAGGGCUAUCUUUACAAAAAGAGAGAGAGGAACACCACGUACCUGCGCCGCUGGUUUGUGCUGAAGGGGAAUCUGCUGUUUUAUCAGGAGCGUCCAGGCGAUCGUAACCUGUUGGGUGUGAUUGUUCUGGAGGGCUGCCUGGUGCAGGCGUGUGAGACAGAUGGUCAGUUCUGUUUCUCUUUGGUGUUCACUGGACCAGGCCUCCGCACGUAUAGACUAGCCGCUGAUGACCAUCUCAGCAAGGAGAGCUGGAUCGGUGCACUGUUCUGCGCCAGUCACAUCUACCUUUCCAUGAUCGUCAGAGACCUGGAGAGACGCUACGAAGAAGCUAAAAGAGACAAAGGCCUUUGUGAUUCCAUCGAGACCUCUGAAGUGACGUCUUCACCCAAUAAGAUAAUGGCUUCCUGGAACUCAGGACAACCCUAUUUCUUACAUGGGACUUCCAUAGUGCCCAGAGAUGGGCGGAGCUACAGCACCAGUUCUGUACCACCUCCGUCUAUGCCGAACAGACCCAUCAGCUAUAGUCUUCAUGGCCCUCCUAUUCAAUUCAAGAAUAACAAUAAGCGAUCUCCAAAGCUCUGGCCCAAGAGAAAUGCGCAUGUCACACCCUUAAAUGGUCCGGCACCAUCUUCCGGGGAGUGGCCCAUUGUGAACUUUGAUCCUUUGGAAGACUUUAGUAAACUGCACGAGUACUAUGGAGAGGAGGUUAAGCAACUCAGAGCUGAUUGGCUGAAGAAGAAGCGCGAGGAAGUGGGACAUGUCGAGGAGGACCUCAUUGAUCUUGGCUAGAGCAGCAUCUAAUAUAUAUGAAUGCUUAUAUCACAUAUAUGCAUUUGUUCAUGUUGUCGUCUAAAUACCAAACCUUGUUCAAAAACAAUAGCUUGAUGAAUGUAUUAAGAUGCAGUGCUAGUCGAAUCCUGCGGUCUUUUUAAUUUUAUGAAGGCAUGCAGAUUAGCACUGACUGACACAGAUCUUGUGGCGUUUUUUUUAUAAAACAUUUCUCAUUUCCUCU